UAGCAGCAGGCUGGUCUCCUCUUGGCAUCACUUAGCAACUCCAGGAGCUGAACCCUUUCCACAGGGAUCCUGAGUUUAGGGAAACAGGGUCCUGAACCAGCAGCUCGUCACCCAGCAGAGCAGCAGCCAGCGCUCUGCAAGCAGAAGGGUCUCCCUCAGGGGAGGGAGGAGUUUGGCAUACAGGCUCAUGGGUUUGGGAAAGAUAGACCUUCUGUUUUCUGAAAAGUCUAUUACCAAUGUUAGGGUUUGGCAGAUAACACAAGGAAGUGCUGUGUGUUCCCCAGGACAGACAGGAAAGAGCUUUAAUCAAACCUUGUCAGGCAGUCCUGCUGUCAGCAAGGCUGCUAGUACCCAAACUGUCGCUGUGAAUUGCUCCUCCUGCCUUUUCACCAGCCCAGAAAUAAUUCUGGAUGUGGCAGGAAACGUGUCCUUGCAGGCUCUGUGUGCCCUGUACUGGAGAGGCUGCAGCUGGGAGGGAACAUCUUGGGAUUCUCGUGGUGCUCACAGCAAAUGCUGCUGAUUCACAACUCGCUCAUCAGAAACGGUGUUUAUGUCUGAGCACCAGUUUGUGCUGUGGGAUCCACGGGAGCUGUCGUGCCUGGAAGAGGGGGCAUGCAGGGUGUGGAGCUUUCCCUAGCUGGUUUGCUGUUGGGUCAGGCUUUCAGUGCUCAGGCAGCUUUUGGGGGCUCAGGAAGCUGCAGAUAAGCGAGUGUGGCAGGGCAGGAGGCUGGCAAGGCUUUCCCUGGCUUUUCCAUGGCUCUCUCCAGAUGGACAAAAGCUGUUUGACUUCCAGCCUGUGGCACAGAAGAAUCUUCUGACCUGCAGGUGGAGGUGCCUGGUGUCCCCCUCCCCACAGCACUCAGCUGCAUUACUCUUGAAGUGACUCUCAUGACUACGUGAGAAGCUGUCAGCAGCAGGUCUGAGCUUUGACUCUCCUGUUCAAAAUGAGCUUCUAACCUGAUGCAUCCAGUGCUCUGGCUAGACAAGCAAUUUCAGGUUCCUCCAUGCCCUUCCCUGCAUUGUGGAGCAUCCUCACAGCCAUCUCCAGACACUGACACAUCACUGAAUUCCCCAGGCUUUGCUAAGAGUUGCUCGGAAAGCUGAUGCAGCCUGGGGAGCUCCCUGAGCCGUGUGUGGCACAUCCAGAAAGGCAGAAAGGGCUGGCGAGCAGCCGGGAGAGGAGCAGCGCCGAAGCCCAGCCUGGGGGAAGUGGAGAGGCGACUUUGAACGCGGAGGAAGUCGUGGCUGGCGGAGGAGGCGCGGGCGCGCUCCGGGAGUGACCGCGCCGCCGCCGCGUCCCCGUCCUCUGCCUGCCGCUGGAAGAGGAAAAGCCGCGUUAUCUGCUGCUGUCUGCCGCCUGGUUUCCAGCAGUAGAAGAAUGCCAACACGAAGAUGAAGUAGAGCGUUUCCUAUGCUGGCCGCGGCGCCUGCACGCUGGUGUCGGCUGGGUAGGAACGGGCUCUCGCCUCUGGCCAAACCCAUUCCCGGGACAAGAUGAAGCCAAGGAGGAGCUUCCCGCCACGCUGGAGCCGCAGUGACUGCUGCCCACUUUAAAGCCCAUGUGCCAGCAUCCCUGGCGAGAUGAAAGAAGUGGUGCUGUGGUCACCCGAGGAGGUGGCCGGCUGGCUGACGGACAAUGCCGUGCCGGAGUACUGUGAGCCCUUGAAGAGCUUCACCGGGCGGGACCUCAUCAACCUGACGGAGGAGGAUUUCAAGAAGUCCCCUCUGUGCCGGGUGUCUUCCGACAGCGGCCAGCGGCUGUUGAACAUGAUCGAGGGGCUGAAGAUGGCUCACCACAUGGAGGCUCACAAGAACGGCCACGCCAACGGGCACGUGCGCGCCGGCAGCGCCACGCGCCAGAACGGCUUUGGCGCCGUGCUCAAGCUCAACGGGGUCCCCAAUGGGUUCAAGAAGGAGAUGAUCAAGAUCCCCAUGCCAGAGCCGGAGCGCUCGCAGUAUCCCAUGGAGUGGGGCAAGACUUUCCUGGCUUUUAUUUAUGCACUUUCUUGUUUCGUCUUCACCACGGUGACUAUCUCGGUGGUUCAUGAACGAGUACCUCCCAAGGAGGUGCAGCCUCCCCUCCCAGAUGCAUUUUUUGAUCGCUUUGAUCGGGUGCAAUGGGCUUUUUCUAUUUGUGAAAUCAACGGCAUGAUCCUUGUAGGACUGUGGUUUGUUCAGUGGCUGCUCUUAAAAUACAAGUCUAUAAUUAGCAGAAGAUUUUUCUGUAUAGUUGGCACACUAUACCUGUACCGGUGUAUUACCAUGUACGUGACUACACUCCCAGUACCUGGAAUGCAUUUCAAGUGUUCUCCAAAGCUUUUUGGAGACUGGGAAUCUCACCUGAGAAGGAUAAUGAAGUUGAUUGCUGGCGGAGGCUUGUCCAUCACAGGCUCCCACAACAUGUGUGGGGACUACCUGUACAGCGGCCACACCGUCAUCCUAACCCUCACCUACCUGUUCAUCAAAGAGUAUUCCCCACGGCGACUCUGGUGGUACCACUGGCUCUGCUGGGCGCUCAGCAUGGUGGGGAUGUUCUGCAUCCUCCUUGCUCAUGACCACUACACUGUGGACGUGGUGGUGGCUUACUACAUCACUACAAGGCUAUUCUGGUGGUACCACACAAUGGCCAACCAGCAAGUGCUAAAAGAAGCUUCCCAAACUAACCUCCUUGCAAGGGUCUGGUGGUACAAACCCUUCCAGUACUUUGAGAAGAAUGUCCAAGGAAUUGUACCUCGCUCCUACCACUGGCCGCUGCGGUGUCCGGCGCUGGCGCGGGGCCGGCAGGUCAAGUACAGCCGCCUGGUGAGUGACACGUAACAGUGCCACCACUGCCCCAAAGGACCUGUCCCAAGUGCUCACAACUCCAAGAGAAGAUGCCAUAAACAAAAAUCCACCGCUCCCUAACCCUUUCUUUAGCAGCUCCCUGGACCUGACCUGUUCAGUUACCUGGUAAGCACUGUGAUCUUUUUUUCUCUCCAAAGGAUCUGCGUUGGACAACAAUAAAGAGAAUUUAACUGAUCAUGCACUGUUAUACAUUUCUUGUUGAUAGAGUUGGGAUUUGCAUUUGCCCAUCACCAUGUUCCUUUGUAUAUGAUGCGACAACAUAGAUGAAAAGCUUUUAUAUCAUGAGUUCUGGUCUUUCCAGUCACGUCUGGGAACAAAGCAUAUUAUUUUCUUGGGAAAACAUACUUUUCAUAUCUCUUGCCCCAAAGAUUGGGCUGUAAGCCAUUUUCUAGCAAAUGACUAUAUGAAGGUUUCUAAAUAUCUGCCUUGGGUGAAAUCAAGAAAUCUUUCUACCUGUUGCACCAUGCUAUGAAUAAGAUGAUAGACACAGAAAGGUUUGGUAAAUCCUGAUUUUGUAGAAUCUGCAGUGACUGACUGUGUCAAAAAAGUGCAAAAAAAACCAAAAAAAAACAAAAAAAAAAAAACCAAAAAAAAAAGAAAAAAAGAAGAAAAUGUAAAGUGAUUUUCUAAGUAUUUCCUAACUUUAUUUUUCAAAAUGUGUAUGAAAAACAAAUUAAAUUUAAAAAGAUUUUUACAUGUCAGAGAAUAGAGAGUUUAAAAAUUUAAAGAAAAUGCUUCUUGGGAGAGAGAGAGAGAUUUGUCUAUGUUUCUAGUGCCUUUCUUGUCUUGAUUGUAUGGUCAGUAGGCAGUCUUAAAUGUUUUUAUUUAAAAUAAAGUAUUCCAUGAAAGCAGAAUUAUAUAUACUGUAUAAUUACUAAUUUUUGCAUUUAUUGCUAAAUUAAACUGGAAAUCUGCUUAUAAUGUUGAAGUUGCCACGUGUAGGGAAAAACCUCCCACCCCACCAAAUUAAAAAGGGUCCGGACCUUGCUCACACAUUGUGGGCAGGUCAAGCUAAAAAAGUAUCACUUUAUUGUCUACUUGGUAGCCGGAUUUUAAGAAGCAAAACAGCCAUGAAUUCCUGUUUUUUAAGAAUUUUACAAAUGAUCACUGAGUGAACUAUGAAUGGUUUCUCCAUCCCCUUGUUGAAGUGUUGUUGAAAAACAACAAAGAUGAUCUAUUUCUUUAAAAUAUUUGUGCAGAAACUGCAUGUAAUUAAGUUUU